UCCUGCUCCAUCUCCAUGAACCACUGUGGAUCAGACUGCUGUCAUCCACAGGGCUUCUAUUAGCUCAUUUUUAGAAGCUGCUCGCCAGGCCUUUCUUCCUAGCCCUACUCAGUCUGGAAGUCCCUCUGAAACCUGUUUGCAUCACAGCAAAACAAGCCUCCAUUGAUAGAUAGGUGGUAGCUGCACAUGAGGUGUAUUUGCUGGAAAUGAAAGCUGUGUCCCUUACAUGGAAGGCAAGAAUUCUACCACUAGACCAGUAGUUCCUCUUUUAGAGCUAUAAACAAACAAACAAAAACCAUGAUUACAGUCAACCCCCUGUGUUGUAGACGAUGAGUACCCCCACAGAGUUUUCCAAGUGGUGACCUUUCAGAAGCAGAUUGCCAGGCCUUUGCUCAGAGAAACCUCUGGGUAUCCUCAAACAAUCAACCUUUCUAUGAAUAGCCAAAUAUUUAGCCAUUCAUGCCACCCAGAACCUCCUUUUAGUGCCUUGUUGUGGUUGUGUGGCAUCACUUCAGUUCAGAUUUGACCUUUCAGACUCCAAACACUGCCAUUAAGCCAAUUCCGACUCAUAGCAACUCUUCAAGGACGAGUGGGACUGCUGCUUUGGUUUCUGAAGCUGUGACUCUCUAUGGGAGCAGAAUGCCUCAUCCUUUUCCUACACAGGGACUGGUGGAUUUGAACUGCUGAACUUGUGGUUAGCCCACUGUGCCACCAGCGCUCUUCCUUAAAGGCACCUAAUUAAUCUUAGUAAAGUUACCUGACUCACUAUAUCCUUGAGGACUUCUAACAAUUUUCAAAGUGCUUUUUAUAUACUUGUGAAAUAGAACCUUUGCAACAUCCUAGGAACCAUGAAACAGCAGGAGAAAUACGAGGCUUUCUACUCCUGUGACGAGUUACACGUUUUGAAACACACAGGGGCAGUUCUAUGCUGCCCUGUAGGGUCCCUAUGAGUCAGAAUCGAAUCAAUGGCAGUGCGUGUCAGCAGAAGGCAUAAAAGGGGAGUGUCAGACUGGUUUAGUGAUGACAGUUUGGGAGUGUAAGACAUUUGUUUAAGUUGUAAUGAGGCCCAAGUAGGGACGCAAACCCAGGACUUCUGAUUACUGCUACAGGGCUCUAUGCACCACAUCAUUGCCUCUUCUGAUUCAGUAGACUCUGUGAGAAGAAAGGGGACUACAGACAAAGUCUGUGUUGGCAUCAGCAUUAAAAAUAUAUAUACCAACCGUCAGCUACACAAGACCUCUGGUCUGCCCGAGAAGAACAAGCAAAUCUGUCUUGGAAGCAGUACAGGCAGAUGUUCCGUAACAGCAAGAAUGGUGAGAUGUCACCUUAUGUACUUUGGGCGUGGUCCCAGGAGAGCCCAUCUCUGGAAAAGGGCGUCCCGCUUGGUAAAGCAGAGGGCCAGGGAAAAGGAGGCAGACCUUCAACAAGAUGGAUGGACACAGUCGCUGCAACAGUGUGUUUGGGCACAACAGUUGCAGCACCCGCUCGCCGGUGACGUGACGGAGCCGCCAUGACGACCGCCAUCUUGGAGCGCCUGAGCACCCUGUCGGUGAGCGGGCAGCAGCUGCGCCGCCUACCCAAGAUCCUCGAGGACGGCCUUCCCAAGAUGCCUUGCACCGUGCCCGAGAGCGACGUGCCGCAGCUCUUCCGCGAGCCCUACAUCCGCUCCGGCUAUCGCCCCACGGGCCACGAGUGGCGCUACUACUUCCUCAGCCUCUUCCAGAAACACAACGAGGUGGUCAACGUGUGGACCCACCUGCUGGCCGCCCUGGCCGUCCUGCUGCGCUUCUGGGCCUUCGCCGAGGCCGACGCCCUGCCCGUGGCCUGGGCCUCGCCGCACGCCCUGCCGCUGCUCCUCUACGUCCUGUCCUCCAUCACGUACCUCACCUGCAGCCUGCUGGCCCACCUGCUGCAGUCCAAGUCGGAGCUCUCCCACUACACCUUCUACUUCGCCGACUACGUGGGCGUGUGCGUGUACCAGUACGGCAGCGCCUUGGCGCACUUCUUCUACAGCGCCGACCAGGCGUGGUACGAGCGCUUCUGGCUCUUCUUCCUGCCGGCCGCUGCCUUCUGCGGCUGGUUGUCCUGCGCGGGCUGUUGCUAUGCCAAGUACCGCUACCGGAGGCCUUACCCCGUCAUGCGGAAGAUCUGUCAAGUGGUACCGGCCGGGCUGGCCUUCGUCCUAGACAUCAGCCCCGUGGCACAUCGCGUGGCCCUGUGCCACCUGGCAGGCUGCCAGGAGCAGGCGGCCUGGUACCACACCCUCCAGAUUGUCUUCUUCCUGGUCAGCGCUUACUUCUUCUCCUGCCCCGUGCCCGAGAAGUACUUCCCGGGCUCCUGUGACAUCGUGGGCCACGGGCAUCAGAUCUUCCACGCCUUUCUGUCCAUCUGCACGCUCUCCCAGCUGGAGGCCAUUCUCCUGGACUUCCAGGGCCGCCAGGAGAUCUUCCUGCAACGCCACAGCCCCCUGUCCAUCUACACGGCCUGCCUCUCCUUCUUUUUCUUGACUGCCUGCAGCGGCGCCACCGCCGCCUUCUUGAGGCACAAAGUCAAGGCCAGGCUGACCAAGAAAGAUUCCUGAGGCCCGAAGCUGGAGUGGUGUGUGGAGGUGGCCGCUUGUGAUGAGGGGGAAAUGGUGCAACACUAGGGGCUGGUGUUUUCUUCUAAAGGAUGGGCUUUUCAACGAAUGAUACAUAUUCCCAAGGUUGUACUAUGACUGCAGCACUAGAACGUUCUAGGAUUAAAGAGUUUUGCUGCUGCUGCUGCUUAUGAUAACAGGAGUAUUGUCUCCCCCUGGGUCAGAGCCUUACAAAGGGCUAAGAAUCACGGGAGGCUGAAUGAAGGCGAACAAUCUUCGCGCCUCAAAGUUUGGGACAAUUCGUGACCUCCAGGGGCAUGUCUAGAGCAAAAGGGAGAAUAAAGGAAUGAAGGAAGUAGGUGGCUGGUCCAUGCCCCAUUGGAAUGGCCAUCCUAUGUUGGCUUGGUAACUGAAUAGCUUCUAAGGUCCCAAUUUCAUUUGGAUUUAAGAUUGUCUAAGGUAACACAAUCGGAAUCUUCAAGAUACUUCCGUGAAAACCUUAGACACCGUCAAGUGCUCAGUUCAUCUGAUUUCUGGCCCCUCCUCUCUCCAUUGUAACAACUGACCCUUUUCUCAGGAUGACCGCCUAUCUGAUGGGCUGAAGUGAUUUCCCUGAAGUGCCGUCCAUCUCCCACUCCCAGCUGCACCUUCCAUGGUAACAGAACGGACGAAGAGCAGCCACACUUCCAGGCAAUGCUUGGAUCCAUCUGGAUAUUCAGGAAACUUGUUCUCAGAAAGACUAAUAAUAUAAACGGUACUAGUAAGCCGAGUGCCAAGAGCCACCAGAAGGCCCAGCCAACAAGCUCAGAUAACUGCAGUGUCGUGGGACCCUUCUGUUUUAUACCUGUGGCGUGCAGGAUUACAGGGGAGCUGUGGGGUCUACCUAUAGUGUCAAUUGGUUCUAAGGGUUCCUUUCAAACCAGUUGUCAACCACCCAAUUCUGACUCACGAUGAGGGUUCUUAUUCAAGAGGAACCCCAAAUCCAUUCUCCUAACCAGAUGCUAUCCCAUGACACGCACACAGCUCCCCCCAUCAGGGUCCUCAGGGUGGCACUCUGCUUCAGCUUAGAGCAGUGGUUCUCAAUCUUCCUAAUGCCAUGACCCUUUAUAAUACAGUUCCUCAUG